AUGCCAGCCAGCCAUGGCAAAGCUGUAGUGCGGCGACUCGGUGUGCUGCUUGCCGUUUUGGUGAUUCAAGUUGGCAUUCCACUGGCAUUAUACUAUGGCCUGCGAAACGUGAUCGGUGUUGUUUUAGCCUUAGUAAUUUCCGGAAUUCCACCAUUCCUUAUGGUCAUUUACACUUUUAUCAAAAACCGAAGACUCGACGCGCUUGGCGUAAUUAUUGCACUUUCAUUUAUCCUUUCAGGUGUUGUUUCAAUUGUCAGUGGGGACGCUCGCGCGGCUUUAGUCCGUGAUGCCGCUGUUGGUGCUAUCAUUGGCGGCUUCUUUCUGGUCACCUUGAUUCCUAUCAACACCAAGUGGUUGGUGCUUCGUCCACUCAUCUACAUUAUAUCAGCUGAGAUGCUCGGCGGUAUCAAAUACGAGUGGACUGAUCGCGAUGGUGUCAGCCAAGAGCAGAGCAUGAUGGAGUGGCAAUGGGAACACAUUCGAUUUUACCGUAUUAAUGCGCGCUUACAAACGGCAGGUUGGGGUCUUUUGUUGAUUCUUAAGUUGGUCGCAUGUGUCUGCAUGGUCGAGUUGACAGAUCUGUCGGCUGACGAUAUCGUCAAGUAUGACAACAUCGCUACUGCUGUUGUUGUUGUCCUCAUGGUCACUGCUAGCAUCAUUGCAGGUUACUACGGAGGCAAAGUUGAAAAGAAGAUUGGCCAGCAGUGGACCCAGGAGAAUGAUUUCACCGACAAGUUUGAAGGACAGCAACAGCAACAGCAACAGCAGCAGUACCCACACCACCAAGAAGAUGGUAACGAUGAAAGGCAUGUAAACCACAUGGUGUAA